AUGAAAGUCCUCAAGAUGUUAUAUAUUGCAGAUGAAGAGACUGAAGAAUUGCUGUUCGCAGUACCGAAAAAGGGAAGAUUAUUACAAGCAGCACUUAAUUUACUCGAAGGUGCCGAUAUUCAGUUUAGACGUGAAUCAAGACUUGACAUAGCAUUGGUUAAGAAUUUACCAAUUGCGCUUGUCUUCCUCCCUGCUGCCGAUAUUCCUACGUUUGUUGGCGAAGGUCGAGUGGAUCUCGGUAUUACUGGACGAGAUACUGUUGCGGAACAUGCUACAGGAGUCGAAACCGAGAAGAGAGUGAGAUCAGAAUCAGGAACCACAACCCCUGUUGAGGAUGGUAAGGACAAAGGAUGUGUGGAGGUAAUGGAUUUGGCAUUCGGUUCUUGCAAGUUACAAGUACAAGUACCGGAGAAGGGACCGUACACGAAGCCAUCGGACCUCAUUGGAAAAAAUAUUGGUACCAGUUUUGUCAGUCUAUCUGAGGAAUUCUUCCGAGCUUUGGAAGCUGAGGCAGAUGGUGGUGCGGUUUCUGGACGCAAGUUGAAGACAAAAAUUAUUGAGCUUAGUGGCAGUGUCGAGGCUGCAUGCGCUCUUGGAGUUGCUGAUGGAAUUGUGGAUUUGGUUGCAAUUCUAGUUAAAUCCAAGAACCCAUCAAACCCAGCAUUAGUAGAUCUCAUUGCUUCUCGCAUUCGAGGUGUCAUCACUGCACAAAAAUACGUCCUGUGCCAGUAUAACGUUCAACGAACGGCCCUUGCAGAUGCAGUUAAGAUUACUCCUGGAAAGCGAGCACCCACAAUAAACGCCUUGGAGGAGGAAGGUUGGGUAGCAGUUAGUGCAAUGGUUGAAAAGAAGAAAAUCGCUGUGGUUAUGGAUGAUUUGACAGCCGUGGGAGCAACAGAUAUUUUGAUUCUCGAUAUUGCAAAUACGAGAACUGGAUGA